AGGAUUCAGUCGAGUGACAUUUCAGCAUUACGAUGGGUUCACUGUGUUUAUUUUUUAUCCUGAUUCAUCUACACUGCGCUUCUGUUGUACUUUCCACAUCAUGGUGCAACGUGACGUCGCCGCUCGGACCCGUUCCCGCCAACGCGCUCUAUUUCAACACCAAAAGCCGUUAUGAAGAAGUGAACCCUUAUCUCAUAUCCAAUAUCUCGGCCAUCAACGAUUCCUGGGUGAAGCCUCCAUAUCCAGAGUGCAAAGCCGUCCAUCUGAGCGUCAUCGCCCGACACGGAACACGGUACCCCACCUCAGGGAACAUCAAGAAAAUGAUCCAGUUUUCCAAGCUGGUGAAGAGCCAAGCUGACCUGAGCUGCGUCAGGGAGCUCGAGACCUGGAAGAUGUGGUACAAGGAGGACAUGGAUGGGCGGCUGGUGGAGAAAGGACGUUCAGAUCACAGACACUUGGCUCAGAGGCUGGUCAAAUCGUUUCCAACACUGUUCACGAAGGAGAACCUGGAAACAAGACGGGUGAAGUUCCUCACCAGUUCUAAGCACAGAUGUAUCAACAGCACGCUGGCUUUCAAACACGGAGUCGUGGAGGCUCUUAGAGUUCCAGGUAUGGAUUUGCAGCACACUGUUAACGACGAGUUGAUGCGUUUUUUCGAUCGAUGUCAGCGUUUGGUGGAGACGGUGGAGAAAAACAAAGACGCCGUGAAGGAGGUGACCCUUUUCAACAAUGGCCCGGAGAUGAAGAGAGUGCAGGAGAAACUUGCCGACCGAUUACAGCUCCCGUACAUCAAUGUCACUUCAGACUCGGUGGAGACGGUGUUUUAUCUGUGUGCAUACGAGUUCACCAUCCACGGCGUGAAUUCGCCCUGGUGCCGUUUACUGGACGAUGCCGACGCUCGGGUGCUGGAGUACUCUGGGGAUCUGAAGCAGUUUUGGAAACGUGGUUUUGGUCACGAGAUUAACAGUAAAUCGAGCUGCGUUCUCUUCCACGACUUGUUCAACCGCCUUGACGCGGUCGCCCGCAACAUCACGUCUGGUGGGUAUGUCUCGGAUGUGGUGAUGGUGCAGGUGGGCCAUGCUGAGACGUUACUGCCCCUGCUCACACUGCUGGACUUGUUUAAAGACAAAGUUCCUCUAAACUCCACCAACUUCUCCUCUCAUCGGUCCCGAGCGUUCCGCAGCGGUGUGAUUGUACCGUACGCCGCCAACCUGGUGAUGGCGCUGUUCGACUGCCCCGACGGUAUACGGGUGCAAGCGAGGCUCAACGAACAACCUUUAAGCCUGCCGGGCCUCAACAACCUUUCACCUCUGUACCAGGAUUUGAGGAAACGAUACGAGCAGCUGCUGCAGGGAUGCGACCAGAACACAGUGUGCAAGAUGAACAGCUAGGAGAAAACUCGUACAUUUUAUCCGUUUAUAGUUACAUCUGCUUACCUACAGCAACUGUAAACCCUCGUUCCCUCACCAGCAUCUCAUUAUUCUCUUUCUCAGACACUGAGACUCCUUCCAUUAAUGUUACAUAAACAUCUCCUUACAGAAGAAAAUCAACUACACAUCUUACUACACUGUUAGCAAGCUGUUGCUAUAAAAACCAUAGCAUUAAUAUAAACCUGCACUAUCGUCAGAGACGCUGUAACAGAAAAUUAAUUAACAUCUUCUGACCAAUCAGAGCGCAGAAUUCAGCAGCACUACUGUGACAUAGUAACAUUUUAGUCUUCAAUAUUAAAGACAGACAAAUUACAAUUAUUAAUUUGUGGAGUGUGGAUUAAUUUAAUUAUCUUACACACACACACACACACACACACACACACACACACCAGUCUAAAGUGCUA